UUGUUACCAUUGGCAGGCGUUGAAGCAUUCAAGUUUACCCAGUAUCCCAUUUUCCUCCUGCCAGCAGGAAAACCAAAACAAAAAUACAAAAAAAGGAAAAAAACAUGGGAAAAAAGUUUUUGGCCCUACUAACUUUGUUGGUGUUUUUGGGGCACAAUGUGGAAGGACUUGGGGUGAACUGGGGUGAUAUCUCCUCCCACAAGUUGCCUCCUAAGGAUGUGGUAAAAAUGUUGCAAGAAAAUGGCAUUAAGAAGGUUAAACUUUUCAAUAACGAUGAGACCAUCUUGAAUGCCUUGGCAGGAACUGGCAUUGAGGUCAUGAUUGGCAUCUCCAAUCAACUCCUCAAGGAUUUGGUCAAUCCUGAUGUAGCCACGAAAUGGGUCAAAGAAAACGUCACUCGUUUCGAUCCAAAGUCUCCUAAAGGUGUUAAUAUCACGCUUAUAGGUGUUGGUAAUGAGCCAUUCUUAAGAGAUUACAAGGACACAUUGACAAAUGUAACAGGGCCAGCAUUGGAGAACAUCCAAAAUGCACUGAAUGACGCUGGACUUGGUGACACCACCAAGGCAACUGUACCUCUAAAUGCUGAUGUUUACUUGUCACCAAGCUGGAAUCCUGUCCCUUCUGCUGGCUUUUUCCGCGCUGACAUCGUUGAUCCACUCAACUACAUUCUUAAAGUCUUGGACAAGAACAAAGCUCCUUUCAUGGUCAACAUUUAUCCUUUCCUUAGUCUUUUCUAUGGAAAUGGUGCCUUCCCCUUCGACUAUGCCUUCUUUGAUGGUGUCACCAAUCCUCUCAAGGACAAAGAUGGCAUUGAGUACACCAAUUGCUUUGAUGCCAAUCUUGACACUUGUGCAGCUGCUCUUGCUGGAGCAGGAUAUCCCAACAUGACCAUUAUGGUAGGAGAAAUGGGAUGGCCUACAGAUGGAAACCCUUAUGCCAAUGUUACAUUGGCCGAAAAGUUUUACAAAGGAUUUGUAUCAUAUCUCGCAAAAGGUAAAGGCAGCCCCCGUCGCCCUGGCUACCUCGAGGCUUACGUCUUUGCCUUAUUUGAUGAGGACAGGAAGAGUACGCUCCCUGGAAACUUUGAGACACACUGGGGAAUCUACUACGAAGAUGGAACACCAAAAUUCCCUCUUGAUCUGUCUGGCAAGAACAAGACUAGUACUCUCGUCCCUGUGCCAAACGUGGAGAAACUCCCCAAGAAAUGGUGUGUGGUGAAGCCAGAUGUUAAAAACUUUACAAGCCUUAUGUCAUAUGCUUGUGACCGUGCAGAUUGUACACCUCUUACUAAUGGAUCAUCUUGCCAAAACCUUAGCGACGCUGACAAGGCAUCAUAUGCACUGAAUGCUUAUUUCCAAAACCAGGAACAGAAAGAUGGGAGCUGUGAUUUUGAAGGCAAGGCAACAGUGACCACAAAGGAUCCAUCUCAAGGGACUUGCAACUUCACCAUUGGCUUCAAGUCACGUACGCCUCUUGCUCCUUCUCCUUCACCUUUGCCUUCUUCCGAUCACUCAUCGUCUUCAGAUGCUAAGGCUCCUUCCUCAUCAUCUGCUUCUCCAAAAUUUUUGGCCUUUGCUUCUUCUAUGGGAGUCGUUUUUCUUCUUUCACUAUUUUUCAUGUAGAUGAAUCAUGCUUAGACGUUAUUUAAUAAUUUGUGAUUGCUCCUUCUGUUCCCCAUUAGGUUUCUUGUUUUGUGGAGAGUCGACAAUUGAAUGUAAUGUUUUACUUGAAAAUAAAAUGUAAAGAAGAUAUUAGUUGAACUA